AUGGAUGGCCAACGCUUGAUCUUCCAGAGAUGCGAGCAGAGUGGCAGAGCCAGGAGGUGGCCGGAGGGAGUCAGACGGAUUGAGCAGGCUGUACGAGAUAGGUAUCUCGAGCUUCGAGAGACUCAGCUCAAGGCAGAUAGGGCUCAGGAGGAGUUGGCCACUCGCAUCCCUGCAUUGGAGACAGAGUUAGCGCAGCAGCGCACCCAUGCUAGGAGUACAGAUGAGAUCCUUGCCACCGUGAGAGGAGAAUUGAGUGUCGUGAAGGCAAAGUUGGCAGUGCAGUCAAAUGAGAGAGCCUCAGCAGAAUCGAGAGUUGCUACCCUGGCAGCCGAGUUGGAGGCGAAGCAUCAAGAAUUGAUGGAGGCAGUGUUUCGAGUGAGGAGUUCCCGAGAGCGACAGUUGCAGGCUGAGCAGGACCUCCAAUACCGGACCGACCAGGUGGUACAGCUUCGGGAGCAGUUGGCAGUAGCAGCCCCAGCCCCUCCACCAUCAGGGAUGCCUCCCUUACCCCCUCAGUAG